AUGCCUGUAAAAGCUGUGAAGACAAGUCCGAUAUGCAUAAAAAAGCCCCCAAGGGGAUUUGACAUAACAGUCUUGGCAGUGAAAUAUGGGACUAAUUGUUUAAAUACUUCAUCUGGCGGUUGUUCUCUGUCGAACUGCAAGCGCGCACUGUUAACCUGGCAACCACUAUUGGUGGUUAAACUCAUUCAGCGCUCCUUUGUGCUUCCAAAUUCAGACAUUCUACUACAUUCUCGACAAAUUUCCAGUGUACUUCCGUAG